ACGCGAUUGUGGCUAGGUUUUGUUAUCCUUUGGUCAGCUCCUUGGAACAACCAUCAACGUCAACGAAGUCCAGCUCAAGAGUUCGACAGAGGGCAUCACAUCCGAAAUUCUCACAUGCGCCAGUGGAAAUAGAAUCGUUAACCUCGACUUACCGCGCGAAACCACCGCAUGAUAGACGGCAUGGCAGACAACAACACAGGGGCCGCCUCUGUGGUAUCAGGCCCCGCGCCCACCAUGCAGAUGUACAAGGAGGAACAGGCCAGGCUCAGGACCAUGUUGGACCGUCGGAAUCAACUGGCCCGCCGGAUCGCGGCUAUAGAGGCCGACAUCGAGAGCAAAGAGAACACAUACCUUGACAGCACACCGUACGGGAAUAUCAUCGCCGGCUUCGACAACUACAUCAAGGGAACGAGCGGCAGCGGGGCGCAGCGGAGGAAACAAGGCAAUGCCGAGCAGAAUCGCGUCUUCUCCCGUUCCUCGAUUUCCUAUCGCCCUGGAAGCGAAGCCACAACUCCCGGAGGGUCGACACCUGCCUCCCACGCUCCUACUCCGCAAUCGGCCUCGUUCAAAGAGAACGGCGCGACAUCAGCAUCGACAACAGCGUCUAAAGGGGGCAGCAGGAAGAAGAAGCAAAACGAGGAAGACAGCGAGGCCGAGCCGCAGGCUCCCAACAAGAAGCGCAUCAACUUUGGAGCUUCGCGCAAAUGAUGGACGCGCAGUUCUCGGUUCCUUGGCAAAAUCCAGGCGUACAUACGGACGUGCGUAACGUACCGUGCGAGCCGAAACAUAUCCGACGAUGACGAAAUGAUUAGGCGUUAGGAUGGGACCACACACCCUCUUGGCAGUAUGGGAAUGAUCUUUUUACGUUGCUGGGAAGCAGCGGCUUACGGUUACGGCUACGUAUCAAUGAAACGUCGGUGGGAGCAACGGCAAAGAAAUCAGGGACGAAGUAUCACAAAUCUGGACGCUUGUUGGCGUGGCAUGGCUGGGGGGAGUUAUAGGAGUUCCCUAACGUUGAUACCCGAGUUCAUGGUAUUCUUUUUGACUAAGGUACUGAGGUAGGACCCAAAUAUGACAUGAAAGAGCAUUUCUCAUUGAACCUCAAGUAUGGCUUCAACGGGGAGAUUCGCAGUUUCCGA